AUGUGCAACGAUCGGCGGCGCGCGACGGUGUGCGGAAUGGCGACCAACCGCGCGCGACGGUGUGCGGAAUGGCGACCAGCCGCGCGCGACGGUGUGCGGAAUGGCGACCAGCCGCGCGAGACGGUGUGCGGAAUGGCGACCAGCCGCGCGCGACGGUGUGCAAGGUGGCGACUUGCCGCGCGCGACGGUGUGCAAGGUGGCGACUUGCCGCGCGCCACGGUGUGCGGAACGACGACUUGCUGCGUACAACGGUGUGCUACCUCUUUCUCUCCCUUACUCCCCUGCUAUACACCUUUCUCUCCCUUAUGCCCUCUUCUAUACCCCUUUCUCACCCUAACUCCCCUCUUAUACACCCGUUUCUCUCGGUUACUCCCCUCUUCUAUACCCCUUUCUCUCCCUUCCUCCCCUUUCCCUGUCCUAUCUCCUGACUCCCUGUCCUAUUCCCUCACUCCCUAUCCUAUCCCCUCACUCCGCCCUGUCCUAUUCCCUCACUCUCUGUCCUAUCCCCUGACUCCUUGUCCUAUUCCCUCACUCCCUGUCCUAUCCCCUCACUCCGCCCUGUCCUUUUCUCAGCCCCCCUUUUCCCCCUUUCCCUUCUUCCCCAACUCCCAUGUUCUCGCUUCUCCUUAUUCGACACCCUUUCCCUUUCUUCCACCCCUCUGUCCCUUAUUCGCCUUCCUUGCUGUCCUCUUGGCCCUCUCCCUGCCCCCUCACCCUUGCCUGCCCUCCAUCCCCUCACCUCCCUCCCUUUCCACAGGCAAGCUCCCCUCUCUCCCACCGCUGUCCGGGAUUGAGUACUCUUCCCUCCCUCCCCCAUCUUUCCCUCUCUCCUCUCUCCACUCUCUGUCCUACCUCCCUUCCCCGUCAUUUCCUCUCAGAGAGGCAGCUUCUCCCCUCCCUAUCAUCUCUCCCCUCCCUGUCAUCUCUCCCCUCCCUCUCAUCUCUCCCCUCCCUGUUAUCUCUCCCCUCCCUGUUAUCUCUCCCCUCCCUGUUAUCUCUCCACCAUCUUUCAUCUCUCCCCUCUAUGUUUUUUCACCAUAA